AUGUUCGAUCUCCAUACUCUCUUCUUCGACAACAAAUUUUGGCUACUUUUUGCUGCUGUUUGCGUCGCCGCCGUAUUUAUUUUAAUCGGGACAUGCGGAUUGUGCUUCGUUCGAUGGGUACGUCAUACCAUUUACUUUGUUUUUUGAUGUUGCCAAAAAAUCGUAAAAGUUAAAAUUUUGAGAUUUUUUGAAAUUUUUCAAACAAAAAAUCUCAAUCAUUCGAUUCUGAAACCUCUACUUAUCCUCUAAUUUCAGCUCUACCUCAGCUCCGGCGAGCGCAAAAAGCAUGCCGCGCAGUGCGUCGUCAACCAAGAGACGGUCCUCAGAUCCCACCAAUACGCGCUUCAAGUGGCCCGGGAAUCGUUGACCAAGUUUGGGGUUCGAAAUGAGGCCGAAAUCAGAGACUUGGCCAAGAGUCUUGGAUUCGUUCCUGCUCAGCGUAAUAAAGUUUACAACUUGUACUGGCCUUUUGAUCAACUUUUUUAA